GAGCAGAGAAGGCACCUCCUGUACGCUGUACACAGGGCAACAUCAAGACAAGGAAAUUGGUUUCAGAUAAUUCAGGGCGAGGCAGAAAGCUUUCACAACAAACCCACAACCUGUCCUAGAGGAAACACAACCUAGAUACUGACACAGACACACACGUCUCCAAAGGCAAAGGCUGGAGUUAGAGGGGGCGAUCUGCCUUUUGUCCUACCUCAGGAAGUUCCCACACUGGCUGUACCGCAGCUGACUGACUCCAGCUCUGUGCGCGCGAUGUGAGGGCACCCGGCCCGGCGAACACCGAGCGCAAGGUGGAAUCCUCGCAUAGAAUGUUGCUACUGCCUCUCGUUCUCAUUCUGACAUCCGCUGUGCUGGGUAUUGCGGACUCUGCUAAAGCGAAAAGAAAAUGUUCUCUACCAAAGCCUGAAAAUGUAACAUACUCAAACUCAAACAAUAUUCUGAAUUGGGCAGCGCCAAAUAUUUCAGGAUCUAACAGAGACUUGCUAUAUACUGUGAAGUAUUUAAUAUAUGGUAAAGGAGUCUGGGAAAUCGUGAAUGGGUGCAGAGAACUCAAUAGAACCUGGUGUGACUUGUCAAAGGAAAUCCCUUAUUAUGACUACUACCAUGCUAAGGUUUAUGUGACUGGCAAAUGCUGUUGCACCUCGGAAAAAACAGAGAGGUUUUUUCUAAAACCUGUAAUUUCACCUCCAGAAGUCAAACUGAUUCCAGGCGAGAAUUCCUUUACCAUAAAUAUUUCUAAUCCUCCUGAUCCAAAUAUAUUUCCAAACCUUGAGUAUCAGGUUUUAGUGAAAAACACAAAUAGUAACAAUGUGUGGCAUACUAAGAAUUUUUGGGAAAACAACUUAACCCCAAACACCACCUACUGUGUUACUGUAAUUUUUACUUAUGGCGAAUUUGAAAAAAUAACGAUUUCUUCUCCAAACGUGUGUGCCACUACUCCAGAAGAUCACAGUUCACAUGAAGCUGCCAAACUUAUAUCUUUAAUUGCUUUGACAUUUCUGAUCAUUGUGUUUACUGUAGCCACAGGAUAUCAUAUUUUUAAAUAUGUGCACGUCAGUCAAUUGGCACAACCUUCUAUUCUGAAUCUACCUCCUGGAAGAAAAGAUGCAACAUUUCAUAUAGAGGCACAUGUUGCCAUUAACAUCAUCACAACUGAUGUGUGUAAUCCACAAAUGUCAGAAGCUUCCAUGAAUAGCAAGCCAGACAUACAAAUGGAGAGUGACGUACAAUUCACUAGUGAACAAGUUCUGUUUUCUCACAACACAGAAACAGUGGAAGAUAUUGAUUAUGUAACUCUUCAAGAGCCAGCCUGUAAAACAAAUACAACACAAUGCAAAAAGCCAGUUGUCAUAACAAAUAUUACACCUUAUGAUAUGCCACAUCAUCCACCUGAAUCACAAUCACCCCUGCAAUCUGUAGCACCUUCUGAUUCAAAGGAUGAUGACAUUGUUCAUUAUGGUUGUAUUAAAACCAAUUGUCGAAGUUCUCAAGUUCAAGAGGGGAGCACCUUAGACGUUGAUAAAACAGAAUAUGCUUUACAGAAACUUUCAGUCAGUUAUGUCCCUAAGGUGGUUGAUGAGCCAAAAGUGUGCCAUCAUAAAUUGGAAAACCCACAUGUGGACCAAGGUCUGGAGUAUUUGCAAGAAUUAGCUGACAAAAGUCUUAUCAAGCCUAAUGGUCUGUUUAUUAGCUGGACUCCUUCCUGUCAUCAGUUACCUCAGCCUAUUGUAUUUAAGAAGGUGUUGGAAGCAGACUGUGAAGAGGACCUCCAGGAUGUGAAAGUAGGUCUUCUUUCAAAACUUUACAUGCCUCUUGCUUUGGAUGAUCCUUCUGAAGAAAAUGAACUCUUGCAGUUAGAGAAACGGUGGGGACUGCAUAUACAAAUACCUGAAUAGACAACAAUUUUAACAACUUGUAAUGUUUACAGAUACCACACAUUUGAUCAACAAUUUUGCAACAUCUACAAUCAAAACUGGAAUGGCACAAAAUAAUUCUCCUAUUCACAGUGAGGAAUUUAGAAUUUUUAAAAAUGUAAUAGUUCUGAAAGAUAAGGUGAAUUGCUGCUCAAUAUUCUUAAAGUUUUCAUGACGUGA